AUGCAACAGAGUGUUGAUUGAUUGCCGGCAAUUUUCACACACACAACAGAUGUCCAACCCAAUAAGGGAUUUCUGUAAAACAUGAAAUAGCACUGGGAGUGAAUAAAUACAACCAGCCUGUGGGUUAAACAAAUACACAUUCAGGAGGAGCAGAGAUAACAAUGGACAGUAGAAAGCGAAUGCUAAAGUCGGCAGGUGUUGGGUAUUUAAUAAGAUUAGCGCGGACGCACCUGGAAUUUUCUACCUGCUGGCUGCACCGAGGGUCUAUCCCUGCCCCGUGCUGAGGGAGGGGAUCCCCGAUGGAGGUAAGUGGCUCUAUCUAGCACCCAAGCCUUUCUACAGCACCCAAGCUUCUGUCUAGCACCCAAGCCUCUCUACAGCACCCAAGGCUCUCUACAGCACCCAAACCUCUCUACAGCACCCAAGGCUUUCUACAGCACCCAAACCUCUCUACAGCAACCAAGCCUCUCUACAGCACCCAAACCUCUCUACAGCACCCAAACCUCUCUACAGCACCCAAGCCUCUCUACAGCACCCAAACCUCUCUACAGCUCCCAAGCCUCUUUCUAGCACACAAGCCUCUGUCUAGCACCCAAGCCUUUUUACAGUACCCAAGCCUCUUUCUAGCACCCAAGCCUCUCUACAGCACCCAAACCUCUCUACAGCACCCACGGCUCUCUACAGCAGCCAAGACUCUCUACAGCACCCAAGCCUCUUUCUAGCACACAAGCCUCUGUCUAGCGCCCAAGCCUUUCUACAGUACCCAAGCCUCUGUCUAGCACCCAAGCCUCUCUCUAGCACCCAAACCUCUCUACAGCACCCAAGCCUCUCUACAGCACCCAAGCCUCUCUACAGCUCCAAAACCUCUUUCUAGCACACAAGCCUCUGUCUAGCACCCAAGCCUCUCUACAGCUCCCAAGCCUCUCUCUAGCACCUAAGCCUCUCUACAGCACCCAAGUUGUCAGAAGAUUGAUGGGAGAGAUGUGGACUGUGAGGAACCUGAGUGUCCCAGUGGUUGAGUCCAACUCCAACACCAGCGACCUGUCCCACCAGCUGGAUGUGGGCACCGACUUCUCCUCCAAAGUUUUCAUCACAGUCUUCUACAUCCUCAUCUUCUUGGUGGGAACCAUCGGCAACGUGUUGACCAUGAGGCUGGUGCUGAAAAAACACAACCGACACAAGCUGCAGGGCACAGUACAUUACCACCUGGUCAGCAUGGCCCUGUCCGACAUCCUCAUCCUCCUCAUCAGCAUCCCCAUCGAGCUCUACAACUUCAUAUGGGUCCACUACCCCUGGAUUUUCGGGGACACCGUGUGCAGGAGCUAUUACUUUCUGAGGGACAUCUGCUCCUACGCCACAGUGUUGAACAUCACCAGUCUGAGUUGCGAGAGAUACCUGGCCAUCUGCCACCCAAUGACUGCCAAGAGGAUCAUGUCCAAGAUGAGGACCAAGAAGAUCCUCUCAGUGAUAUGGUUCUCUUCGGUACUCUUUGCCAUGCCUAUGGCUUUUAUCAUGGGGGUCAAAUAUGAGAACACCACCCCAGAGGGAGAAGAGGACCCAUCCUCCCUAAUAUGCACCAACCUGGUUUCUACUGCCACCCUGAAAGUCUUUAUACAGGUAAAUGUGUUUGUGUCUUUCCUUCUUCCUCUGGCCCUGAUCUCCUGCUUGAACUGUGUGACUGUGAAUCAGCUGGAGUCCUUGCGCUCUCGCUGCUUCUUGUCCUUGCAUUCCUCCAGCAAAGCUCCUUGGGCUUCCUACAGAGCACACGGGUCCCUCAAGCCGAUUUCUUCAUCGUCUGGAGUCAAAAAGCCUUUUGCUAGUGGAGCAACCUUCAAGAGUAGUCUCACCGUAUCCAGUGAACCAAACCGCAUACAGCCUCUCCAGCACAGCAUUUACAUGCUCAGAGCAGUUGUGAUUGCCUAUGUGGUGUGCUGGUUGCCGUACCAUGCGAGGAGACUCAUGUUCUGUUACAUCCCAGAUGAUUACUGGACUGGCUUUCUGUACACCUUCUACCACUACUUCUACAUGCUGACCAACACCCUUUUCUAUGUUAGCUCUGCGGUCAACCCCAUCCUAUACAACAUGGUGUCCUCUUCCUUCCGGGAACUCUUCCUGGAUACACUUGGCUUCUCCCGCCAACGCAAAGAGCAGAACCUGAAUGCCUCUUUAUCAGUACAAACCAGUCUCAGGAGUGAUACGUGCUCUCUCAACACUCCGGCCAAUCACCGAUUAGCUGGCAGAAAAGAGACUGCCAAUGGAAAGAUGUAGGGAAGCUCAUCAAAGGGCAACUUCAUGUGCACUAAUGAUCUAUAAGUGUUACGUUAUUUAGAAUCCUGUGUCUGAGGUGUGUGAAAUGAGCCAGUGGUGUUACUACAGGAGAUGGAGACCCCAUGACUGCAGGGGGCCAAGUAAGGACAUAGAAAUGGUUUUGGUUAAAGGGGAACUGUAUCCAGUCUUUUUGCAAAUUCUAAUGAUAUACAUGGCAGGGGUGGGGAGGGGGCAGGAUGGGAGGAUGCCGACAUGCCUCUCAUCAUCACCAGUGAAGGAAGUUAUGGGUCUCUGCAUUUCAAAAUAGGUCUUAGAGGCUUGCGGCAUUUUGCCUCAUGCAGUCGGCAAAGUGCAAAAGUGGGGCAUUGUAAAUAUGCCCUAGUGUUUGCCUGUCCUUUCCUUUCUUUUCUCUGCACUGGUGGUUCUGAGUCUUGAAACAAUAUAUCAGAAGGCAUCUGAGAAGAGAAAUGCAAGGUACUGUGGGAACUGGAAUCUUGGCUGGAGGAGAACUGGCCUCUGCUACACUGAGUUGGAACUAGAGGCACAACAGAUACUGCCUUCAAUAGUAAUUACCUUUGCACAUAACUGAAAAUACUGAAAAUAUUUGUGUUAUUACCCAGUUAACUAGAAAAGUACCUAUUAAACGGCCUCUGAAUUUAGUUGAAUGAAAUAAUGUACUGAUUAGAAAGGAGAGGACUGUCUGCUGUGAGUUCCUGCCUGGGUCACACUUACUAAAGGUUCACCAAGUAAGGCUGAUCCUGCAAAGAGAUUUGCAUGUUUCCUCCAGAAUGCUAUAGUGCUGCACUCCAACUCUCCUUAUCUUACAGAACUCUCAGCAAUAACUCAGGAGGCCGGGAGUUAUUCUUUGCAAUAACCUGUUUGAGGUCUGUUUUUUGGUUGAUUCCAUAACUGUGGUUCCAGAAUCACGGAUGGAAAGACCACUGAGUCAGUGGACUCUUCCAAGCAAGACUAUGGCAGCUUUUUAUCUCAAGCGCCGAACAACUGGAUCAGAGAAGGAGACCCUGUAAUGUUGACUUCAGCCCGCCUAUUUUGAGUGUACAAGACAAGUAAAGAUUGGGCAGAAGGGCAGGUCUGGCUAUUCAUACUGUGCUACAUCAUCACAAGCCUUUGGUAGAGCAAGAACUCUUAAUAGAUGUCCCUAUCCCUUUGUGCCCCAAAUAUUGCCAAGAACAUCCUGCUAUCUAUGGAAAACUGUACAACCCCACAGCCAAAACUAUCAUCAUAAAUCACAUUUACUGUAAUCCUAAUAACGCCUUUCCUUUAUUGUUCUACCCCACUUGCUUGUUUCAUACAGAGCCUCAUGUCUGGGAUAUUUGUUCUGACCUGUUUGGUCAAUCAGCCGGUGGCAUUGAUCAUUAAUUUGGUGAUGGCCAGUAUCCAGUGUCUAAUGGGGCUGCCAUUGCAGUGGUAAAAACAACAAAGGCCUAAAUGCCCUUGUCCGUCUGACUCUGAUAUAAAAUGGUAAGGGAUCCUGGUUGAUACACAGAAACACCGCACUCCUUGGAGUCUUUUUUGGUGCUAAGGCCUGAAACUUCUCCACAUACGUCAGUCAAGGUUUUCGCGUUUCGUAUCAAAAGGAGCAGUGACAGCCAGAAAUGGGCUUAGGUUUGGGGUGGUAUAGGACCAAAUAUUUUGAGGAUUCGGUAAUUGGCCAAAUCUAAAUCUAUGAUGAAUAUUGUCUGUAUUUAGACUAGUUAGACGAAUUCAUAGAACUGUCCCUUAGGGUGCAAAAAAAGGACACUCUGUCCUUCAUUUCAUAAAUGACGUCUACAGUGAAAUGGUCUUGAUGGAAUAUUAGAUUAUUUCCAGCUAUACACUGGGUUUUGUUUUCAGUUCAAGAUUUCCUCCAAUGCUGGAUAUGAAAGUUAUGGAAAUAUAUAUUUCAGAAGGGAACAUGAGGCCAUGCUGCAGUUACAUAAAGCUUCACAAAUGGGUCAUGGGUUGGAAUUAUGGGCAAUUUCAUUGACUGGAGUCAUUGGGUAUCAAGUCAGAAAAAACUAGUAGGUAUGUGAAUGUGCUAAAUGACAGCCCUUUGUCUGAGCUAGAAAUGGAAACAACUCGGUAAGAUGCUUUUUGAACGUAACUUUAAUAUGUCUGUGUUCGAGCAUUUGGCAAAUACAGUUCAUAGCCGAGAUUGUGUUACAGAGGCAGACGUGUAAAGAAUUGACAAAAUGGUUUAUGGAGAAGAAUUCAGUGUUGAGUGUGGUAGGGAUGGGGGUUAACUUACCCAGAAUAAAGGGGGGUCCAGGUGCUCAAGCCCCAGACCUUCAGCUCGGGGAGGCAAAUGAUAUGCAAAGAGCUGGCACAUUCUAGACCACGUUCUUUAGAU